GCUCAACCCAAGAACCGGUUCUACUUGACUCCUACAACGCUGAGCAUCCCUGAAGCUGUUGGGUCGUGUCGGGACGUUCGACGCAGUUCCCUGUGUUGGGGUGCACCGCUUUUCUCGAUCGUCGGGUCAUUUCACGCUUGAAAGUAAGGCAGAACUCCCUGGGAUCGCGCAGCCGACGCUCAUUAUGUCAGAGCCACUGCUCCGAUACAAUCCUCGAGAGGGAAGGCAUGCCGAAAAAUCGUUGUAAGAUUUGCAGAGGCGCUGUUUGCUCGUUCCGAAAUGAGCCUCCUCAGCCACAGGAGGCUGAUCCUGCAUUUGUAGUGUCAUAUAGAAGGCAAAGGCUCCAGGACCGGGAAAUUAUCCGGGCUAUCCUCACUGGGGCCAUUGCCCAACACGAAUCGCGUGGCCGACUCCAGCCUGAUGACCCAAUGACCAUACCCAUUUCCGGGGGGCCUACACCCCAUCCUCAGUUUUCGAUGGGACUUGCCUCCAGACCUCUUCCAUCCUCCACUGCCGUCUUCCCUCGUGCUCAGCUGGAGCCCACAAUGCAAGAUGCUCAACCAAACUUUGUGGGGAACUCUUUUUGUUCGUGUAUAAUUUUGAUUGAACUAAUGAGCCAUUGCAUUGGUCCGGUCAUCGAGCUGGCUCCGAUCAUCAGUGGUCGGCAGCCCAACCACAGUAGUGCCACAAGUACGCAUUUCCCCAGAGGGUAAGCGCUGGCACAUUAGGGCUAGGCCAUCAGCCAUUGAGCAGGGGGCGCUUUCUUUCCCGGCCAAUGAUAUGCUUGUGCCAGCCAUCACAAUCACACACAUGCUGCCGUUGCAUUCCCUGGUAUAUCCCGCUUCCCCCUCCAGCGACUAGUAUUCUAUGAGGUGCGUUGCUUACCCGGUUCUCGUCAUUGUGAUAUGUGUUUCCAUGCUUGUAUGCACCAAUACUCUGUGUGUUGAAGACCCGCACCAACUAUGAGCCGUUG